UUGUCCCAGGUGGCUCUCCGUAGCGUGAGAGGCGUUGACAAGUAGAGAGGACUGUUGUGGUGGAAAAAUAGCCUUUUACUCACGACAGCAGCCUGUAUAUCACAUUUUAUCUUCCUUAUCUUUAAUUUAUACCAUAAACGAGGGGACACCGGCGUGAAGAGUGGGACGUGGGAUCAGAAGAAAGCGCAGUGUAUGGGCGAGGUGACUCCAGUCAGACAGCAUGAGCUCUAAAGGAGGCGGCACCGCUCUGACCCGCCGCAACUACAGACUGGCCUCAGACACAGACAAACCCAAAGCCACAGGUAUAGUAAACGAGAAGCUUCUGAGUGACUUCCUGCACCAUGUGUUUCCUUCAACCAAACAGGGACCUGCUUUGGCCUCCCUCAGGAAGCCUCUGGGUUUCCAGGAUCUUGGCGCUCACCUGGAGAAUCUGUUAUCUGAGGAGGAACCGACUGAGGAGAGCCGAGACCAGCCUGUCGAUGGUCGUCUGGGCCCUCAGCCCGUCGUCCUCGAUCACACCAGUGGCUUUGAAGGACUUCUGUUUGUGGACGAUGACCUGCUCGGGGUUAUUGGUCACAGCAACUUCAGCUCCAUCAGAGCCACCACCUGUGUUUAUAAAGGGAAGUGGGCCUACGAAGUGCUGAUCUCCUCUCAGGGUCUGAUGCAGAUUGGCUGGUGUACGCUGAACUGUCGCUUUAACCAGGAGGAGGGUGUGGGCGACACUCCUGACUCUUACGCAUACGAUGGAAACAGAGUGAGGAAGUGGAACGUGACCACCACUAACUACGGAAAGUCGUGGGCGGCGGGAGAUAUCGUCAGCUGUUUGAUCGACCUGGACGAGGGAACCAUCACAUUCUGCCUGAAUGGGCAGUCUCUGGGCACCGCAUUCACCAACAUCAAGACGGGUCCAGGCGUGGCUUACUUUCCCGCCAUCAGCCUCUCCUUUAAAGAGUCGGUGGCUUUCAACUUUGGCAGCAGACCUCUCAGGUAUCCUGUGGAUGGCUACCUGCCCCUCCAAAACCCUCCAACUGUAGACCUGAUGAAAGCUCAAAAACUGCUGGGAUACAUCAAGAACGUCCUCUCCACCUCCAUCGACACACAGGAGGAGAGGCUGGUGGAGAAAGACUUCGGGUUGUGGAGCCUUCAUGGAGAUCCAACGGUCCUCGUCACGCUGGCUCACAUCUUUAACCACUUUGCCCCACUCAUGUGUAAGGUGUACCUGGUGGAGGACGUGCUGAUGAACUUCCUGUUGGGGAUUCUGGAGGGAGGAGGUUCAGUGGAUGAACACCCGCUUAUCCAGCAGCUCCUGGAUCUGUUCUGGCUACUGAUGGAGGACUAUGAGGUGAACGAGUGUCUGAAGCAGCUGAUGAUGUCUCUGCUGAGGGCUUACCGUUUCUCCCCCAUCAUCCCAGACCUAGGCUUCCAGAUUCACUAUCUGCGCCUCACCACGGCCAUCCUGCAUCAUGAGAAGUCCAGGAAAUACCUGCUCAACAACGUCUUAUUCGACGUUCUGCGUUCGGUCGUGUUCUUCUACAUUAAGACUCCUCUGAGAGUGAAGGAGGCAGGGCUAGAGGAGCUCAUCCAGACCACAUGGUGGCCCACACACUUCGACAAAGAGGGGAAAGACGAGCGAGAUCCCAAAGACGAGAGUGCAGAUGAGCGACUGAGACGACGAGCGUAUGAGAGAGGCUGCCAGAGACUCAAAAAGAGGAUCGAAGUCGUUGAGGAGUUGCAGGUCCAAAUCCUGAAGCUGCUGCUGAAUAACAAAGACAAAACCACGGGUGAAGCGUCCCGCUACAUCUUCCUUAAUAAGUUCAGGAAGUUUCUACAAGAGAACGCCAGCAACAGAGGGCAUCCUACAGCUCUCUGCCCUCCAGAGUACAUGGUGUGUUUCCUCCAUCGUCUCAUCACGGCCGUGAGGGCCUGCUGGGACGAGAGCACCAGGAGGAGUCCUGGCAGCAUCAGCAGCGAAGAGGCCUACGUUCCUCCUCAGCUCUUCUACAACGGGAAGGUGGACUACUUCGACCUGCAGAGACUCGGCGGGCUCCUCUCCCACCUGAAGAAAACACUUAAAGACGACUUGGCGAGUAAAGCCAACAUCAUCAUUGACCCUGCAGAGAUCCAGGCCUCGUCCAUGGAUGACCUGGAUGAGGACGAGGAGAGCGGAGCCACACAGAGGCCGUUUGGAGCAGCAGCAAUGGGCGGCGCUCUGGCGAGGCCCAGCUGGUUGAGUUCUCCCACUCUUGGUCGAGCUAAUCGUUUCCUGAGCACGGCCGCUGUCAGUCUGAUGACCCCCAGACGACCCCUAACUCAGCCCGAGAAGGUGAAAGUCCGGACCCUGGCUGUGGAGCAGAGGACGGAGGAGGACAUCGAGGGGAGCCACGGUAAUGACGGCCUGUUGUUAGGGCGACCGCUGGAAGAGCCUGAUCAGCAGAUUGCAGACAAGUCUCUGCUGGAGAUCAUCGACGGGAUCGUGAUGAUGUAUAACCUGAGCGUCCACCAGCAGCUGGGGAAGAUGGUCGUGGUGUCAGAUGAUGUUCAUGAAUACGCUGUUGCACUGAAGGACACGGAAGAGAAGAUUGCUCGAUGUCCUGCCAGGAGACCCGACAUCCUGGACGAGCUCCAGAAGAGCCAGAAGGUUUUUGCAGAGAAGCUGAACCACCUCAGCAGGAGGCUGGCCUGGAUCAACGCCACCAUCUACUCCAAGGACAAGAUGCUGGACGUGUACUGGCUGCUGUGUGUUUGCAUCAAGACCAUCGAGCACGCUGACAACACGGGCUGCUUGUUCGCCUUCGCUCCAGAGUUCUACCUCAACGUGGCCAUGAACGCCUACAGCGCCCUCAAGAACUACUUCAGCCCCGCAAACAGCAUGGAGGAGCUCCCAGGUUAUGAAGAAACCUUGACCCAACUCGCUGCAAUCCUGGCCAAACACUUUGCUGAUCCACGCAUAGUGGGGACAGAUAUCAAAGACUCUCUGAUGCAGGCCCUGGCCAGCUACGUCUGUUACCCACAAUCCCUUAGGGCGGUGGAGAGGAUCCCAGAGGAACAACGUGUUGCCAUGAUGAGGAACCUGCUGGCUCCUUACGAACAAAGACCGUGGGCUCAGACUAACUGGAUCCUGGUCAGGCUGUGGAGGGGCUGUGGUUUCGGCUACAGAUACACUCGUCUCCCUCACCUCCUGAAAACCAAACCAGAGGACGCCAACCUGCCCAGUCUGCAGAAGCCGUGUCCGUCGUUGCUGCUGCAGAGACACAUGGCGGAGCUGCUCAGCAUGGACAAAGACAUGGCCGCCUCUUUCCUCAACAGCGUCCUGAACCAGCUCAACUGGGCUUUCUCCGAGUUCAUCGGGAUGAUCCAAGAGAUCCAGCAGGCUGCAGAGCGCCCAGAGAGGAACUUUGUGGACACGCGUCAGCUGAAGGUGUGUGCGACCUGCUUCGACCUGUCUGUCAGCCUGCUGCGGGUGCUGGAGAUGACCGUCACUUUGGUGCCAGAGAUCUUUCUGGACUGGUCCCGCCCCUCUGCAGAACUGCUGCUCAGACGACUUGCUCAGCUGCUGAACCAGGUGUUAAACAGAGUGACUGCAGAGAAGAACCUGUUUGAUCGAGUCGUCAACCUGAGACUGCCAGGUCUUGAGAGUGUCGACCACUACCCCAUCCUGGUUGCUGUCACAGGGAUUUUGGUUCGAAUCCUGGUGGAUGGAGACAGACAGGGGAUAUCUCGGGCUGCCUCCGUCCUGCUCUCAGACCCCUGUUUCCAGCUCCACUCCAUCCAGCAGCUGUUAGGCGAGGGUGGAGACUCAUCCAGCUCUUCAGCGGUCAUCACCGCCACCGCCCGUCCAGUGAUCGGCUCAUUUGGGUCGGCCGUGGCCUCUCCGAUUCCUUCAGCGGCUGGAAACACGGGUUCCACGGAACGAAAACACUUCUCCCUGCACGCAUACACAGACUACAUCAGCGAGGAGGAGAAACAGAAGGUGGAGAUGAUGCUGGCGUUCCUCACUGAAGAGUCCAAACAGGCUGCAGCCAGCACAGCUCCGACCAGUGAAGAAGACCUCUGCCCGAUCUGCUACGCUCACUCCAUCUCUGCCAUCUUCAAGCCCUGCUCCCACAAGUCCUGCAAAGCCUGCAUCAACCAGCAUCUGAUGAACAACAAGGACUGUUUCUUCUGCAAAGCCACCAUCACCGGGGUGGAGGACUACAGCAAGCCCGCCGCCUCCUAACACACACACACACGCACACACACACACACACACACACACACACACACACAACACACUAAGACACAUGUCUGCUGAAAAGAUGGUAAAGAAUAAACACACGGUCACCUGUCUGAAAGCUUCAUACUCAAACAUCAGACCACAUAUCAGUGAACCCAAAGAUCCUCACACAGCACUGUACUGUACGUGUGUGUGAGUGUGUGUGUGUGUGUGAGAGUGAGUGUGUGUGUGUUCUCAGCUGUAAUCCACACAUCUUCCUCACUCUAUGAUUUGAUAAAGAUGAACUGAACGUAGAGUUUGGAGCGAUGUUAAAGGUAUGACUGUACGAUGGAGGAUCAUGGCCACACGAGACGUAUUUGAGUUCAAAAUUAAAAGUCAGAGUUCCUGUUAAAUA